ACCAUGUUAUUAUUAAUUUAUAUUUUCGCGGCGUGUAAUCAAUAAAAAUUCUAUGUAGAUAACCCAAAAAUAAUAUUGGAUAUUUGUACUUUUUUUUUUUUAAUCAAGAUCAAGACCGAGAGGGAUAUAAUCAUUUUAUCGGGAACAGUUGCAUUAUAAUAAAAUGCGAAGAAUGAAGUAACCGUCGGCUGCAUUAUUUAUGGGUGUUAAUAGUUAAACUCUUAUAACUUCUUGGUAGCGUGAGAAAAGGUCGAAAGGCAAGCUAUCAUUACGAAACAAGUAAUCGAAAGCGUUGGAUGAAUAUUAGCGGCAUGAGACACGUGUAAUAAGUGAAAUUGCAUGACCUACGCAGGUUGUCCGGACGUAUCGCAAAAUAGCACGCGAGAUCGUUUAUCAGCUGUUUGUUGCCAGGUAUAGAGUUCAUUAACGAUAACAGACAGGACUAGCGCCUCGUUCAAGUCAAAUUUAGUCUUUGCAGAUAUCGAACACGUAUAACACCUUUUUUUUCCAGUUCCCUACAAUUUAAUCGCUUGUAGUCGAAGAAAGGCGAUUUUCUGACGUCUAUUUUAGUAACAUUUUGAGACUCAUUGUAUUUAUAAAAAGCGAAUCCAAAAUGACAACAGGUGUGAGAAGUUUAAAACAGGCAUUGAUGCCUAUCAUAUGGCUUAAUUGCAUAUUUUGCAUGGGAAUCUUCGAAAUACCUACGAAUCGCCCACGAUUUUUACUAAGUGCUCUUUACGUUGUCUCGAUGAUAAGUGCAUACUUCGCGCUGCUUUAUAAAGAAAUUAGCUUCUUUCACGAAAAGCUCUCUAACGACUUUUUCCUAUACUAUUGCGUCUUAACGGUCAAUAUUUUAGUUGCCAUUAUAGCUAUAAUUUUGUUCUGGCUCAAAUCAGAGAAUAUAAAUAGCAUAAUUAAGAGAUUCAGUGUAGUUGACAAUACUAUAGAAGUAUUGGGCAUAAAAAGGGAUUACCAGAGAACUCACCGCAAUAUUCUAUAUAUUCUGGCUCUUUGGAUAAUAGGCAUGCUAUUAUUGAACCUCAUGCAUAUAGUAUGGAUGUAUGAAGAUACUGCUCAAAUGGGACAUUUGGGCACUUUAUAUACUGAUUUAUGUUUUUGCAUUCCGAUUUUGGCAAAUUCCGUAGUGGAUGUCACCUUCGCCUCAUUUAUCAGAUGUCUUCAAAUAAAAUUUCAGAAUACAAAUAUUCUGAUUAACAAUGUAGUAGUUUGUGCAAAUAAAUCAAAUAUCUUUAAGAUUCAUGAGCAACGCGAAAAUAAACAACUUGCAAUUGUUACAAUAAACUAUGAAAAUCAAAAGGAGAAGAUACUGCAUCUCAUACAGACGUUGAGACAUUUACACUUAGAAGUCACCAGAAUAGCACGACAAAUCAAUCAUACUUAUUGUCUGCAACUUUUACUCGAAUUGGCUGUUCAUUUUACGGUAGUAACUACAUGCGUUUACUGUAUGUAUGGUGCACUUACCGGCCAGGUUAAGGUGACAGUUCACAGUGAAAAACUCGUUGCCAUGAUAGUUUGGGCAGGAAUUUAUUCACUCAAAAUUAUGUUUGUCAACUCUCUUUGUACGGGUGUAUCAGAGGAGGCAUAUAGAACUGGUGAAAUUAUGCAAUCUUUUGAUGGAUCCGCUACCGACGAUGAUAUGAGAGAAGAAAUUAGGCAAUUUACGCAACAGAUAGUGCUUAAUUCUUUACAGUUUACCGCUUCCGGUUUCUUUUCAAUUGAUAAUACUCUUACUGGCAAGUUUUUCGCCACGGUCACGACGUAUGUGGUUAUUCUAAUUCAAAUGAACACGCCAUUAUAAUAUGAUAAUUCAUAAAAGAGUUCGAUCAUAUUGUAGAUGAGUAAUGCUAUUU